AUGGCGUCAAGAGGGUCGGGUUCAUCGACCCGUAGGGCUACCCCUAAUGCCAUAGAGGCGGGCUGGAUCGCGAGGACAGGGGGGGGGGUAACCCGCUUCUCCCGCUCCAAGUCUAAAGGAAAGGGGAAGAAGGAUGCUUCGCCACCGCCGCAGGCUCAAGCGGAGGAGCCCUUUGUCGAUGAUGAUGUUGAGGCGGACCUGUCUUCCGUCAGGAACGUCUCCGCAGGCUCGGAUCCGUCGGCCAGGGCGUCGAAGAGUGUUGUUUCCGGCGGUGGUGCUUGUCGGCAGUCGACGGGGGCUGCCCCGCAGGGUUCGUCUUCGCAGACGGUACCUGCCCCGUCCACACGUCGCCAGUCCGCGCCCCCCGUUACCGGUGCUGGUAGCGGGAGCGGCGGCGGCAGCAGCAGUGAGCACCUCACGCAGGACUUCUGGUACGUUUGGCGAGAUCACACCCUCGCGCCCUGCUGCUGCCUCCGGCUUCGGUUCUGGUGCUGCCCCCGUCGCUGCUGA